GUCUGUUUUUGUUGGAACCCUCCCAAUGGGUACACCUUGACGUUGGUGGGAGGGCUUAGUACCUGGAAGGUUUAUCCCGAAGGGGAAGCUAAGUACCCAAAACACACACUUUUCUCGGUUUUCAGUGUGUUGCGAAUUAUUCGUCGCGUUUUUCCAUGCUCCUAAUUUCGCAAUUAUAACUUUUAACUCUUGCUUGAUUAUCUCGUCGAUUCAAAGUGAUCUCCGCGCGAAACGGGAUAUUGCUAUGCGAUCACGCAAUUCGGGAAUGCCGUGUAAAGUGUCGCGCGUCAAAGUGCGAGAAUGUCAUGCAAAGUAUCGCGUGUUCAAGUGCGGGAGUAUUGUUCAAAGUGUCGCGCGUGUGAAUCAACGAACUUUGAGAAGCCUGAGAGGAGGAGCAGGUCUAGGAUCAAUUAUCGUCAUCAACUAUCCUGUUGUGCAUUGACCGAUGAAGAACUUCAUUUUAUGAUAAAGAUCAUCAAGUACGUAGAAAUACACGAGCAAUCUCUUCUUUACCGCGAUCCUUGGCUCUGUAGUUUGGAUCCUUCUUCAUCGAUCCGCUUGAUGCUCGUCUGCAUUAUUACUGACACCGUGCAACGCGCCCUAUACCGCUGGAAUCGCCCGCAUCCCUCGUAUAGCACUAUCGACUGGUUAAAUCAUUAACUAUCAUGUCGUGCGGUGAAGCCUUUACAACGACCCUAGAAGCGAACCAGCGUCAGUUUCGCGCGCCUGCUUUUCGAUGCUGAUACGCGGUGCCAGUCAUUGGUAUGCAUCGGGGCGAAGAGGUAUAUGGGACAUAUAUACGAUGUAAACAGUACAUGCAGUGCUAUGUAAUAUGAACGAGAUUAAUAAAGCGGAUGGAAAAAGUCAUAUAUUGACAUGUAAAUGAGAGAAAUCCUGGCUCAUGCAUUACAAAAUACAAUCGAUAUUUGUGAAUCGCGCUUGUGAUUUGAAUAUGUUGUGCAUUUCAAAUCCACCACGCAAUAAGGUAUCUUUAUGUCGAUAUGCAAAUAAAAAGUGUCAAAUACUUCUGGAACAGUUUAUAUCGCAUUAUGAGAGAUAGGCACGAAAGGUCGCGUCGGGCCGAAAGGUCGCACAGGUCAAAAGUGCACUGACGAUUGUAUUCCACCGAGCGUAUAGGUUGAUACGCUGUAACCUAGGUUGCAUGGAAUGGCCAAUCAAAUGAGUUCGGCAGGACGGUGUUACGUCGCGAGAGGCUGGGACCUCCAGGAUGCCAGGGGUGUGGAAGUUGCUACGUACGCUGAUCUAUAUGGUGAUUGGCCUGAGGAGCGUCAGUAGCAACAGCGACAUUUGGCCGCUGGAGAGACCGGAAGGGAUGCCGGCCAUCCAGUCCUUGGAGGUGAUGUGCGGAAAAGAUCACAUGGACGUGCACCUCUCGUUCUCGCAGCCCUUCGAGGGUAUCGUUUCGUCCAAGGGUCAGCACGCGGAUCCACGAUGCAUCUACGUCCCACCGUCUACCGGCCAGACGUUCUUCUCCUUCCGGAUAGCUUAUGCGAGAUGCGGUACGAAACCGGAUAUGCACGGACAGUUUUACGAGAAUACCGUGGUGGUCCAGUACGAUAAGGACUUACUCGAGGUUUGGGACGAGGCUAAACGAUUGCGGUGCGAAUGGUUCAACGAUUACGAGAAGACCGCGUCGAAACCGCCGAUGGUUAUCGCGGAUCUUGACGUCAUACAGCUGGACUUUAGAGGCGAUAACGUGGACUGCUGGAUGGAAAUUCAGCACGGAAAGGGUCCGUGGGCGCCGCCCGUGUCCGGAAUUGUGCCCCUUGGCUCUACUCUCACUCUGGUCAUCGCCAUAAAUGAUUAUCGAGGUGAGUUCGACAUGCGGGUCAAGUCGUGCGUGGCUUCGGAUGGCGGCGGUCACACGAUACAGCUCAGCGACGAGUUCGGCUGCGUGCUGAGACCGAAGAUGAUCAGCCGGUUCUUGAAGGCGCGCGGCUCGGACGACCGCGCGACCGUCAUCACUUAUGCCUUCUUCCAUGCGUUUAAAUUCCCGGACGCGUUAAGCGUUCACAUCAAAUGCAAAGUGGAGAUAUGUCGACACGGUUGCCUGGAUCACUGUCAACUAAGCGACUCCGUAGCUCAUUAUAUACAAGAGAGGAAGGAUCAGAUACGACCGCAGUAUAUAGACAGCACGGCGACCUCUAUUGCCUCGAGCGACGAUAAUAGUAGCGCGGACAAGGACAGCGAAGACGGCGCGGACGAGGAGCAGGGUGACAGUUCUCUAUACGAUGACGUUAUACAGAAUGGCGACGAGGUGGCGUCGAUCGGCGGCCAUUUCCUGGACGUUGAGAAGUCUAUUCCGAAAGCCCAGGCGCAGACAAGCAAUCAGUUACCGUCGACCGCCGAAACGCAGCACGAUAGCGAGGUCCCUCUAGACGAGGUCGAUUUGUCGAAGCCACUUGUGGAACCACCGCCGCCGGUGACCAGAUAUGACCAGAGCGAGCAAGAUCAAUUCCCGCACGGACCGCGGAAUCUCGAGGAGGAUGGCGACGCGAUGCCGGCGACGCCGCUCACCGGGAGUGUCGUAACCGCUCGCCGGAAACGCUCGGUGACGGUGACAGACCGGAAGGCGCGUAGCGCCGACGUCGGCGUCAGCGGUAUCUACGAGGUCAUCUCCGAGGCGGAUCUCGCCUUCAGUCCGGAUGCGCACGCCGAGGCGGUGACGGUCUUCCAAGGUAGGAUACGCGAGGAGGUCGUCUACGGGAUCUGCUUGCCGAUGCCAGGUUUCAGCGCGCUCUUCAUCAUCGUCGCGCUCUCGGCGGUCGUUUCCGCCCUCGUCGCUGGCGCGAUGCUCCAUCGGCUGCAGGCACAGCGAGAAGUCACCGCUAGCAACAGGGAGAGCAAUCAGAGCGAUGUGCACACCAGUAAUAACAACGGCUGGCUGUCGUACGGUCUGCUACGCGUACGUUGCACGGCGCGACCCGCUGCUCCGCACAAUCCUGAGGAGCUGAAGCAGACGAACGCGGUAGCUUCGCAGGUAACUGCGGAUCAAUCGGUCGAGCGAGGCUGACGGUCAGCUUUAAAGGUGCGUUCAAGGAGAGACAAUGUGCAAUAAUACGCUGUACAAAGUAUCGUAAAUGCGUAAGGGAAGCUGCUCGAUCAUACUCUACUCGAGAAUAGAAUCGAGCACGGCAUGCAGAGGUGGGGAGGAAGAAAACUAUCGACAUUAAUUGUUCGAUUGUCUUCCUGCGAAUCGCGCGACGAUACCGAGCUCUCGCGAAUCGCAGUCGCCGAGGACCCCGUUUCUAAAUACGUAUAUAGCCUGAUAUUAGCAAAUCUAUUAGCUUUAGUGUUAGCUUUCGUGGAUAUCGAUUUUGAUUUUCUUUGUUUCUUGAUGAUAUUUUGGAAUUUUCAAUCAUUAAUUAAAUACUAAUAAGUAUUGUCAUGUUACUCGAACAUUAAUUAAUUUCG